CAGCCUCGUAGUCCUUUUCCUCGGUGACUCAUUUAAAUGCAACUCAAUUUCAGGGAAAGGAAAUUCGUGCGGACCGAGGCAGAGGCCUGAAUUGACAGGCUGGAAAAGGCACCGUGAUGCCCUCAUCCCCCUCCCUGCAGGUGGUCCACGAGGCUGCCACCUGUCCCGCCUGCGCGGGAUCCCUGGAGGAUGCGGUGACAGUCCCCUGUGGACACACCUUCUGCCGGCACUGCCUGCCCCUACCCUCCCCGAUGGGGGCCCAACCCUCGGGCAAGGUCCUGCUCUGCCCGCUCUGCACGGAGGAGGAGCACCCAGAGACCCCUAUGGCCCCCGUGCCCCUGGGCCCGCUUGGGGAGACCUACUGCGAGGAGCACGGCGAGAAGAUCUACUUCUUCUGCGAGAACGAUGCUGAGUUCCUUUGUGUGUUUUGCCGGGAGGGCCCCUCCCACCAGGCGCACACUGUGGGGUUCCUUGAUGAGGCCAUUCAGCCCUACCGGGAUCGUCUUAAGAGUCGGCUGGAAGCUCUGAGCACAGAGAAAAAUGAGAUUGAGGACACAAAGUGUCAAGAAGACCAGAAGCUCCAAGUGCUUCUGACUCAGAUUGAAAACAAGAAGCAACAGGUAGAAGCAGCUUUUGAGAGGCUGCAGCAGGAGCUAGGGGAACAGCGUUGUCUCUUGCUGGCCAGGCUGAGGGUGCUGGAGCAGCAGAUCUGGAAGGAGAGGGAUGAGUACAACACAAAGAUCUCUGAGGAGGUUACCCGGCUUGAAGUUCAGGUCAAGGAGCUGGAAGAGAAGUGUCAGCGACCAGCAAGUGAGCUUCUACAAGAUAUCAGAGUCAACCAGAGCAGGUGUGAGACGAAAACUUUUGUGAGUCCAGAGACCAUUUCUCCUGAUCUUGCCAAGAAGAUCCGCGAUUUCCACAGAAAAACACUCGCCCUCCCAGAGAUGAUGAGGACAUUCUCGGAAAACUUGGUGCAUCAUCUGGAAACAGAUUCAGGUAAACAGCUUGGCCCGGGCCCCGACCUGCCGCUGAGCGAGAUCCCGCGCGGCGUGGUCGUCGCCCUGGACUACGAGGCGGGGCGGGUGACCCUGCUGGACUCCCAGACGCGGGCGCCCAUCUUCACCUUCACCACCUCUUUCUCUGGCAAGGUCUUCCCUUUCUUUGCCGUCUGGAAGAAAGGCUCCUGCCUCACUUUGCAAGGCUGA